GUCACUUUGGCCGCUUUGGCGAAAAGAAAGUUUCGCGUUCAACACUCUCUGCUGCAGCAGCGUGGAUGCGGAGUUGAGAGUAUAGACGGGCAAACAAUCGAGCCAAGGAAAAAGUUGCGACGCUAUGCUCUUUGCGGUCAAUCUAUAAACCAUCACAACAGUCAAGAUGCAAAUAUGGAUGAUUAAAGGAAAAUCAUCUAUCCAAUUUUGUAAAACGAAAACGUAUGACCAUAUAAUAAUAUUUGGUAGAAAAUUAUAAAUCCCACAGCAUGUUGAAGUUUGACGAGGAUCUAAGCAUCGAUCAAUUGCCGUUAGAUGUUUACGAGGCUAUGAUCGAUGAGCUGAACCGGAAUAAACAUUGGAAAAUUGUGGCGAACCACCUUAUGCAAGAGGAUGAAUCUUACUCGGCCUCUUGGAUAUCGUGUUUGGAAAGCCAAGCAUCGUCAAAAAAUAAGAAAAGUCCGGCGGAAAAUUUACUCAUAGAUUUAAAUAUACGACUUGGCGACGUGCUUAUACUUGAUAAGAUAUUCAACGAUUGUAAUUUAAAGAGAGCAUUAUCCUUUUUACACUAUCCAGAAAAACUGUACGUUUCAAAGCAUCCGGAUGACAAUACGAACAAUGCUAGUUUACAAGUCAGUUUUGGAAAACUGUCACUGAAAUGUGAAGCCGAAGGCCUGCCACCGCCGAGUUAUCAAUGGUAUCAGGAGGAUAAAGUUUUGGAAAAUGAGACCACAACUGAACUGAGUAUCGAUGUACAAUCAGAAGCGCAAGAAGGUACAUACAAAUGCAGGGUUUACCAGGUCGAUCACAGAGGAGACGUUAUAUUUGAGGAAUACUCCAAGCCUGUGUACAUUAAAAUCAAACCGAUGCCAGUGACAAUCAUGAAACAGCCACCUACAUUUUUGGAAGUCAAAGAAAAUGAUAAUUUUAUCUUACACUGCGAGGCUAGUUGCUACCCUAGUCCAAAAUUCCAGUGGUACAAGGACAAUGAAAGGCUAGACAAUCAAACAACGGAUACGCUAACUAUUGAAAAGUUUUCAGCCAAGGGAGAAGGAAAGUAUUAUUGUCACAUUUCGAAUUACAUUAGCGAACGUUAUACGCAGCAAAGUACAGUUUUGAUAGAACAGCCACGACAGAAAGCUACCGUAAAAGUAGCUUUGCUGAUAGCCAAUGAAAAUUAUGAUAACCAAGAAGUACUCAGGACCCCGCGGAACGAUGUAGCUAAAGUAUCGAAAAUUUUGAACAACUUGAAUUUUCACGUUAUUUGCCUGACCGACUUGACACUCGUGCAAAUGAGAAACGCAAUACGGAUAUUUUGCGAUUUUCUGAUCGACGGGGCUUACGGUCUUUUCUACUUUGCCGGGCAUGGAUUUAGAAUGCAAGAGAAUUACAUGCUGCCAGUUGAUACGCCGACGAAUUACCUAAGAAAAGACGCAAUAAGCGAGAGUUUGUUGCUUUCGAUGGCCUUGAAAAGCGAUCCUGCCUUACUCGUUGUGAUCCUGGACAUGUGCCAAACAGCUCCGCCAGCCGAGCAAAAUCCAGAAAUUCACGAGGAAUUGCCGGCAAUUAACGAGUUCAAAGGGAAGAAGAAUCUCCGAAAUCUGUUGCUGGCUUAUUCAACUUCAAGUUAUCGUCCAAGUUAUGAAAGAAUGGGCAAGAAUUAUGGUUUGUAUGCGACUCAUCUGUGCAAAUAUCUGGAGGAAAAUAUAUUUGUCACUAAAGUAUUUGAACAAGUUGGCAUAUCUAUCGAUGCAACAUUAAGGGGAGCAGAACGAAAACAAAUUCCAAUGUUUGCAACAACAAUAACAAAGCCUUAUCGACUCACAGACAGUGUUUCUCACGGUAACUUACCAAAAGCUAUCGAAAAUUUAGAAAAGACGGUAACAUUUCCGAGUAAAGUUAUAGAAAUUAAUUUUCAAAAAACUGGAAUAAAAUGUAAAGCAACGAUAUCUCAACUUAUAAAACCAUACUUUAAUGUUGUUCAAGUCACAUUGUCUGACUUGGAUGAAAAGUAUGAUAUCAAUUUUUAUAAUUCUGUCCAUACAAAACGCAACAAUUUGUUUCAAAGCUCUAACAAAUACAAGUGUUGGCUUUACAGUCCUCAGUCAAAAGAGGGUGCAAUAGUUAUAUCUUUAUUGGAAAAUGGAAUCCAUAUCGGUGCAACAUUGUUGGACGUCAGUAAAUUUGUUCCCUUGUUGUUAAAUAAAUUGAAUCAGAAAAAUUAGUAAUAUUUAUGUUCUAUU